AUGAACGCCGUCCUCUCACACUCGGUGCGGUGGUGCAAAGAAGAGCCCCAGAUCGGCCCACUUCUGGACUCCUUCGAAGGUGGAGCACAAUUCUAUCAGCGUGCCGUGUCGGGGCUCUUCGAGUCGCUAAAGGUGGGAUAUGCAAGCGUGCCGACCAUCCAGACGCUACUGCUUCUCAGUGCACAGGAAUGUGGGAAGGGUAACCGAACGCAAGCCUGGCUGUACAGCGGCAUGGCGUUCCGCGUCCUCGAUGAUCUCGGGAUCUCGAUCGAUAGUCGGAAGUAUCUUGGUGCGGCCCACUUGAGUGAUGAAGAUAUCGAGAUUCGGAAUCGUCUUUUUUGGAGCUGCUACUUCUGGGAUAAGAUUGUGUCGUUGUAUUUUGGUCGCGCCCCGUCCAUGCAACAUUCUCGCGUCAGCCCGCCCCGCAUCAUACUCGACGAUACUUCUGAGAUCGAAAUCUGGACUCCUCACGGCGUCAGCUUCCCCGACGGGGCCCACUAUCCACCCACACAGGCGCAUUCCACCUCGUGCUUCAUCCAGAUGUGCGGCCUUGCCGAGACUUUGAACCAGAUUCUAAUCUACAUUUACGACCCCAUGCGCCAAAGUACCGAAGUCGAGUUCUUUGAUUGCGUUCAGGAGCAAGCUAAGAACCUCGGCGAUUGGUGGGAUGGGCUUCCCGACUACUUGAAGCUUGUGGCAACGGAUCUACCUCCUUAUUCUCCACCGAGCCACAUUAUGACUCUGAACUGCCUUUAUCACACAGUUAACAUUCUGCUUCAUCGCCCGAUCCUGUGCUCUCGUGGGUUGGUGAAGACCCGGCAAGAGUCAUACGAUAGGAGCCAUCUGGUCCAAUGCAUGGCAUCGGCAACAUCAAUCCUAUCUCUCUUCGACCUCUACCGCCGCACGUUUGGGGAUAACCACGUCGUCCUCUCUCUCGCCUACAGCAUAUACACCGCCGCAUCUAUUUUCCUCCUGGAAAUUCAGGCCCUGAAGUAUGCCGCCCCGGGGACGUUGGACAAGCUCAAAUUUUGCAUAUUUGCACUUGAGCGCGUCAAGGUGUCCAACCCCGUGAUCACAACCGCCCUGCGGCUCGUCUACCAAGAGCUCCAAAAGCUCCAGAUCGACAUCCACGGCACUAUGCCUGCUCAACCCCCCAAUACCGAAGAACAACAUCACCAGCCUCAGCCCCCGCCUCCUCAUCCCACCCAGCAGAGCCAGUCCCCCGCCAGCAGUAAUCCUCCCCGCCAUAUCUCCCCUGGCAGCCAGCAUCAACACCAGCGCCAACGAAGCCACGCUGCCAUGACCACUCAACCCGGUACCAUGAUCCCGGAGUACAACACCUUCCAGCAACCAGUCGCAGGCUUCGACGCCUCCCAGAUGGGCGAUAUGCCACAGAUGCCCCCAACCCAUUUGCUAGGCGGCAUGCCUAAUGCAUUGAUGACGGUUGACGAUCCCGGCUCGUACGAGAUCACGCCAGAGGUGUUCGAAGCGUUUUCAUAUGCGCAGCCCAUCUCGACCAAUAUGACCUCGCCGUUUGACUCGGGUUGGACUGGAGGUCAUAGUCAGUGA